AUUUUAAAUAAGUUUAUUCUGUGGUGUGUCACGAAUUUCUUUAAAAAAUAUAUACAUAUUUGCCUUGAAAUUUUUAUUUUAAACGCUCAGCGUUUUUAGUGCUUAAGUGUGGAUUUAAAUUUAUGUACACUCCCAAUACAUUGAACCUUUAAAUUUAAAAUUGUAAUGGAUUUCAAAAUGCAUGACUACACCCAUGUUAUCGUUAGUAAAUCUUCGCCGCGACACGACCGGGCUGAUAUUAAUGACUCAAGACGCCAAUACGAUUGCUAUAUAAGACUACUGAGUGAAUUGAAUUUGGAAAUAAUUGAAGUCGAAGCUGGUUCAUCAUUCCCUGAGGCCGUCGUACUGGAAGACAUUGCACUUGUAUGCCAUGGCAUAGCUCUGAUUCUCAAACCAAAAACGGGACAAGAACACUUAGUAAAAUCUGUAAAACAAGCUCUUGAAAAUGACCUUGGCCAAACAGUAAUUGAAUUGUCUGACCCUGAUGCUAAGUUGCUGGGAUCGGAUGUCUUGUUUACAGGUCGUGAGUUUUUUGUUGGUAUUUGUGAAACAAGCAAUGAGGCUGGUGCAAGUGCAGUGGCAGCAGCUUUUCCUGAAUUUCCAUGUACGCCUAUCAAGGUUACAAAAGGUGCACAGCAUUUGAAGAAAUACAUAACAGUUGCUGGACCAGAUAUUUUAUGUGUAGCGGCAAGCAAGGAAGCAAAGGAGUUGUUGAAACGAAUGGAAAGAGAAGCAAGUUUCUCAUAUCAGACACUCACAGUGCCUGAAGAAGAAGCAGCCAAUUGUCUAUAUGUCAAUGGUACAUUGAUACACAGAGCUAUAGAGGAGAUACCACAGUCGUUUAAGGUGUUUUGUGAGAAAAUUGAUUUCUCCCGCCGAUCGAUAUGUUUCUCGGAGCUGUCGAAGAUAUCGUCGGGGCUUAGUGCUUGCUGCUUGCUGUUAAGGAAGCCAUUUACAACAUAAAUUAUCAACUGUUGGCUGGUUUGGGAAUUUAUUUUUAUUUUAUGCGAUUUAAAUAACUUAUAUAUUAACUAACAUGUUACAAGUGCUUAACAAUUGUCAUCAAAAGACGAUUUGUUUAAAAAUAUAUUUUUCAAUGUCAUCACAAUGUAAUCAUCACAUGUAGAUUAAUAAUAUUUUAUAUCUUACUUUUAUACACCAAUACAAUUUAAAAAUAUUCAUAGACGCCAUAAUAAUUUUUAAUGGUUAAUUAAUAUAAACGUUUUAUUAAUAAAUUGUGCAUAAUCUGAUGAAAAUGUAUCGAUGGUAGGAGUGCAAUAACAUCGAAAAAUCUUAUUUUACUGUUUCAUAUGACUGGUGUGUUGUACAAACAAAACGCCGUUCAUAAUAUAUGUCAAAUGUCAUGUCAUUUUUUUUAAAUUUAGUGUGAAUAUCGUAAAUAACUUUUUAACUCUCAUGAUGGCAACACAGGAUGUGCUUACAAUCAGUGUAACCAUCAUAUGAUGUUGAAAUGUAACUUUUUCAGUGUCUCUUAUAGAGUUUACAUUCUAUAAAAUUUAUUUUAAAUCAUUGACCUUUAAAUCUACCAGAUUAUUUUGUAUUUCUAACCUUAAAGGCUAAUCACGUGUUCAUAUUAUAGGAUAAUCUAUUUUAAAUGCUGUUUUCGGCUUUUGUAAUCUUAAUCCAGAAAAGUAAAAAUGGUGAUAAGCUACCAUACAUUUUUCCAUUUAUGUAGAACUGAAAAUAUUUUUAUUUACAAUUGAAAUUAUAAUACCCAAGUACCUCAUUUUUAGUUGUAGUACUUUAUCCAUUCCCUAAGUCUUAAGACUGAUUUUUAUGUAAUGUCUGAUAAAUGAUACAAUGCACAAAAAAUCUCUCUUCCCCGUACCCACAUAAAUUAUAAAAAACAGAAAAAACAUGUUUUAUAUGUGCAUAUUGAUAAAGUAUCUGAAAUUAAUUUGAACAAUAGUUUAUAUUGUUAGCCUUUUAGAUUGUACAAAUUAAUUAAAUAUACUUUGGAGGAAUGUCAGUUGAUUAUAUAUUGUAUAAUUCCUUUUUGUAUGUAACGUAUAAAUCCAAAGCGGACGUACGUCAAGCGCAGUCCCGAUUCUGAAUCUGUGGUUACUCUUAAGUGUUUAUUAGUUAAAUUUAUCCUAAACGCACAAAUUAAUAUAUUUGAAACCUUUAUAUUUAACGGUCGGUUGACGAAUCUCGAAUAAAUUUGCAAAGCAUAUAAGUUUUACAACAGGAAAAAGAUCUAAAAUCUAUUGAGACUUAUAUAUAUUUACCUUAUAACAACCCUGUAGAUAUGUUGUAAUGAGACCGCUUUUGAUAACUAGUUAAUAUGGUUAGUUUUAUUCGAAUUUACAAGAUUUAAACUGUUCUGAAGAUUAGUUAUAAUUUAAACUAAUGUCCAGAACAGUUUUCUAAAUGUAAAAGUAAGAAGGAUUACACAAAAGUAAAGUUAUUCCUUACACAUCUUUUUCAAGUCUUUACAUAUAUUUUAUAAAUAAUACAAGAAAUAUUACAAGUGUCAAAUGACAAUAUGGCACCGUUUUUUUUUACAAUUAUUAUUAUUAAUAGUUUGAGCAAUGUCAUCACAAUUUUUAUUUUAAAUAAUUGUUUGUAUUAUGUGUAUCGUGUUUUUAAAAGUAUUUCUUGUGUAACAAGACUCAAUGUUAUUUCUAGUUUGAACUGAAAAUUUUAUUGAACUCAGUUCUAUGAUGCGCAAAAAUGUGUUAGUUUUUAAUUUUUUUCUUGUAUGACAAGUCAAUUUAAGUUAAUAAAAAGUGUAUUUUAAACUUAAAGCUAUUUAAGUAUAAACUUUGUUAAUGUCAUCACAAUAACUCUAUUUCAUAUAUUAGCGCGUUUUUUAGCGAUUUGUAAUACAUAAUUAAAAAUGUGUCGUGUUACCGAAAAUUCAUCUCUCGUCAACAAAGUAAUUUACACUGUUUUAAAUAAAGUAUACUGAUUUACCGAAUUCCACUUAGGAUCGAGACAAGACCGUACAAAUCUUAAAAGACCGACAGCGCACACGCGAGAGUAGAAUCUGUGUAAACACAAGUACUUUAUUAAAACAGUUUCAGUAUUUUUUUUUAAUAUUUACGCAAGUUUACGAUUUUAUAAAACCACUUCAAGGUAUUAAAUCACAAUAAUUUAUAAGUAUUUUAUCAAUGUUUUAAACGUAAAAGUAUUUAUUGUAUUGUUGAUUUGUAGCGUGAAAAUUUAAAGUGUUUAUCUUUCAUAGAUUUAGCAACGUACGCACCCAGUAUUUAGAUUUUGUAUUGAGGUUUUUUAUGGACUUAAAUCUGUAGCUUUACCAGCCGCCGUUCAAUUCAGAAUAUUAACGGUCGGUUCACAAUGUAUGGAUAAAGUACCAAAUAGCUAUGCAACACAUAAAUUAUUUGAAAUAUAAAAGUUCCAAAAAAGAUACUUCGCAUUUCAUGACGAAUAGCGCUAUCUGACAGUCGUGAAACGCAACAAUAGUGUUAAUCCUACCAAAAAGUAAUAAAUAGCUUAUUUGAAACUUAUCUAGACAUUGUGAAAGAGAUUAAUAUGGUACCAAAUACUGGUAGACUUGAAUUGUCUAUUUUUCUUUGGUAUAAAAUCAACCAUUUGUCGUCAGGUAUUUUGAUUUUAACUGAAUAUACAGAAAUU